AUGGAAAUGAGCUUCUCUGCAAGUAUGUUCGAUGGGCAUGUUACAUCACAAGACCUUAAUGAUGUAAUACAUUCGACAUCAAUGUUAUAUGCGUCGGAUUCGUUUAAUGGUAAUUCGCUUGAAUCGUUAGAUUCGUCUUUAGAAACAUCCAGUUUUGUUAUCGGUGAAAGUGUCACAGAAACACCCAUAGACUUUACAUCAGAAACAGAAGUUUCAAGCAUAAAUCCUAGUUCCAGCAUUGUAGAUAUCAUGUCAACAAGCAUGCCGAUACCCAAACCAGAUGUGAAAGCCACUGGGGAAACGGUAUACCAAGACCAAGGAAAUCUGACAUUCAUAUGCACUGUAGACAACUACCACAACUUCACGAGCAUCAAUCUAGAAUAUGACGGCGUUAUAAUAUUUAAUAUGACUGGAAAUGAUCAUGGUUUUGAAGAUUCUGAAUGGACAUUGGUCCAAACAACUAAUGAUGAAACCUUGACAUUGGCAGCAACGUACAAUAAUCCAACUUGCGAAGACACGGAAAAAAGUUUCCGAUGCAGUGUUAAUGGAGAUUGGGGUGUUGUAGAAGAUUCAACUUCCUCAGUUGUAAAAGUUAAACCAGGAAUUCCAGAAAUAUAUUUACCUAUUAAAUUCAUUGAAAACGAAGAUACUGGAGGGGAUAUAUAUUGUUCCGUGGAUAAAGGAGUUCCAGCUGCAACUGUGUCUUGGUCUGUGGAAUUUGUUGAAGAAGACCCUAACGAUUUUUCAGUUUUAACUACCAUCAACUCGAACAAAACAUGCUCCAAUAUAGUAAAAUCUUCCAUAAGACGAAAGUUUGACAAGAGUUGGCACAACGCAUCCUUAUGCUGUACUGCAACUCAAGACCAAAUCACAACAUCGACUUGCAAGAAGCUGUACAUAAUACCAGCUGAUUAUUGUGUGGGAAAAGAAGAUAAACUUUAUGACCAUCCAUAUGAUGAUUGUUACUUGUUUAUCCAGUGUGGAACAAAUAUAACUUAUAUAAACACAUGUGGAGCAUCAUCAAGAUUUUGUUUUAAUGAAAAUACUCAAGGUUGCACUGAUGCUGUUGCUACCACAACAGAUCCUAACUUUGUAGACGACCCCUAUAGCUGUGAAGGCAAACCAAACUACGCCUACAUUCCAGUUGAGGGAUCAUGCAAAAAUUAUACCCGUUGCGUUCAUGGAGAGAAAAAAACAGAAGUCUGCUCAGGGGAUUCGUAUUUUGUUGCUACACCUGAAAACCAGAAUAUAGUAUGUGAUAGAGGAAUAGACAAUGCAUAUUGUAAACGCAGUGGAAUACAAUCGACAGAAGCUACCACAACAGAUCCUAACUUUGUAGACGACCCCUAUAGCUGUGAAGGCAAACCAAACUACGCCUACAUUCCAGUUGAGGGAUCAUGCAAAAAUUAUACCCGUUGCGUUCAUGGAGAGAAAAAAACAGAAGUCUGCGCAGGUGAUACGUAUUUUGUUGCUACACCUAAAAACCAGAACAUAGUAUGUGAUAGAGGAAUAGACAAUGCAUAUUGUAAACGCAGUGGAAUACAAUCGACAGAAAGUCCUUAAUUUUAAUGAUAUAUAUUUAGUACUGUUGUUGGCAUUUUCUAUAUUAACUCUUCUUUCAAUAUUUAAGAAGUUAUUUGCAAUGCAUCUCAUAUAAGGGCUAUAAGCAGGUACAGAGGGAGGGACGAAAAAAUCUUGUCAUUAAAUAAUACAAUCGUGACUUUUGC